AUGGAGUUCAUAGAGGAAUUGAUUGAUUGUGAUUGCACCAUACCAUCUCAUCUUUAUUCACCACUGUUUGCAUUCCACCUCAUAUCAUUACAUCAUUUCAUAUCACAUAUCACCGCAAAACCAUAUCAUCAAAGAUACAGCUUCAUACCAUUCAACACUGAAGGAGAGACUCCUGCGACCGCCAAGGCUCAUGAGCAUAUCAACCUACUCCAACGAUGGUGCAAGAGGCAGGAAAAAACCAUCAAGAAGCUGGUGAAAACAGUCAAGGAUCUUAAAGACAAGCUCUCUUGCACGCCAUCAACAAGAGCCAGAAGUGAAGAGACGGUGGUCAUGCGAAACACAAGGAAGAGGCGAGCUGAAAUAUCACCAACACCAUACUCUCAGACCGAACCUCUCGACAUUGUCGAGCUCACCACACCAUUUUCCAUGAGCUCCUGA